AUGUCUUCUCGUGAACAACAGAAUAUCGCUCGGCGCUCCAGAAGCCCCCAUAACCGCCGUCAUCAUAAGCGCUCUCGAUCUCCCAACUCUCAUCUUUACCACCACGUCUCCCACAAGCACAAACAGUCGAAGCCUUCUGCGCCGGUGCACCUCCCAUUACAAGCUUCAAAGCUGCACAAACAUGACUUUGAAACCGUCAAGCCGAUGUUUGAGUUGUACCUGGACAUCCAGAAGCAGAAGGUGCUGGAGGCCUUACCAGAUGACGAGGUAAAGGGCCGGUGGAAGAGCUUUGUAGGCAAAUGGAAUCGUGCUGAAUUAGCCGAAGGUUGGUAUGAUCCAGCGACUCUUCAGAAAGCACAAGCAUCUGCUGCGUCGAACGCUGUCAAUACCGAAAGACAAAACCAGCCGCGAGACUCGCCGAGCUAUGGUUCUCCGAGGAGGGCAGAAGAAAGCAGUGAUGAGGACGUUGUUGGCCCCACGAUGCCUGGUGGUGAAACACAAGUCUACAAGAGUGGCAGGAGACCUGGGCCCGUAAUACCCAACCCACAAGAUCUAGAACUACGAAGAGAGCUCGAGCAAGAAGACUCCCUCGCCCACCGCCAAGAUCUCCGUGAGCAUCGACAUCUCGACCGCAGACAGCAAAGAGAACGCCUUGAUGAACUCGUUCCCCGCGCCGAAGCCGGUAGCAAAGACCGCAUUCUGGAGAAGAAGCGCGAGAAAGCGGACUCGAACAGUGCUUUUGCUUCCGCUAAGAUGGAAGCUGGAGGCGUGGAAGAAGUGCCUGAGUCAGAUUUGCUUGGGGAUGAAGAUGGGGGACCCGAGGGGUUCAAGAAGCAGAAAAAAGAGAUGGAUAGGAAGAAGAACGAGAGGGAGGUGCGGAGAGAGGAGAUUUUGAGGGCUAGGAUGGUGGAGUUGGAAGAGAGAAGGAGGGAAUAUCGGGCUAAAGAGGAGAAGACGAUGAGCGGGCUGGUUGCAUUGGCGAAGGCAAGAUUUGGAUGA